UAGUCAACAGUUGCCGUUUCCACUGACGAUCAUCAUGUUCCAUCCUAAGCUAUUCGUCCUGAUUGCCAUGGCCAUCUGCCUGACCCAGGCCUGCGCUCCCAGCGAGCCCGAGGAGCCCGUCAAUUGCGGAUGUGGAAAGCCACCGUGCAGAUCCUGCCGCUGCGUCAAGACCUGUGGAUGUGGUAGCAGACCGUGCCAGGGUCCCUGCUGCUCCUGUGGUUGCUCCAAGUAAUCGAGUCUACAGUCUACAGUCCUGGAAGUGAGACCCUCCCAACGGUAUUCCUGUUGUUGUCAAAUGUUUUGUUUUCCCCGUUAUUAAAGUGUUGCAACCUCUUGGAACUUUCAUCUUUGA